GUACCGAUACCGAAUCUUGGGUAUAGUGGGGGAAAUAUUUGAGAAUGAAUUUUUUUUUUUCUAUUUUCUAAUUGAAAAGAGACAACAAAAGUAACAACAGUAAACAUUGAUAAAGAAACAUCGACGUAUCAAACAACAUAUUAUAUUGCAAAUUUUCAAAUAAGUUUAGUUUAAGUGUAUUACAUAUCGUUUCCAUAUUUACUGGGAAAUUAAAACAGCUCUUUCUCGAUGCAGUAGAAAAAUGGCUGAUUUAAACAAAGAGCUAAAUGAAUAUCUCCUCAGCAAUAAAAAUGACAAACAGUAUAAACUGUCGAUGCCCACGGUGACAAUACCGAAAUCGCCGUUGGGAAAAUGGUUUGGGAAACGUGAAAAUGAUGAAACCGGAGAGGCAAGCUGGUAUCAAGAAACACGAAAAGAGUGCUGUCCAACACUGACGAGGAUGCAAAGGUUAACCGCCUUUGCGUUGUGCUGUUUCAUGGGAAUACUUUGUUUUUGUUUAUCCGCCAUGUAUAUACCAGUGUUAUUACUAAAAGCGAGAAAAUUCGCUUUACUUUAUUCCCUUGGGAGUUUAUUUUUCCUAAUGAGUUUCUGUUUCUUGUGGGGGCCGAUGAGCUAUUUAAAAUCCCUUCUCACAGCAGAAAGAAGGUGUUUCACCUUUUCUUAUUUCGCAACUCUCAUUGGUACACUUUACUUUGCGCUACAUCUCCAGUCAACUCCUCUCACGGUUCUCUGUGCAGUUCUACAAUUAAUAGCAAUGCUGUCAUUCAUCGUGAGUUCGAUUCCUGGCGGCACAACUGGUCUCAUGUUCUUUACGCGACUAUUCAAGUCUUCCGUCAGCCCAACAUUGCCAGUAUGAUAAGAAAUUUUUGAAAUGCAGAUGAAAGAAACAAGAUAUCAUAAUAUAACGAUAAAUCUUUUUGAAUUGACAUUGAAAAGUUGCUUGUACAUUCGAGAGUACAUUUUAUCAACGUACCAGAGAUAAAGAAUUGACUUUUGAUUAACGGUUAUAAUUAUUAUUGAUCGCAAGGAAGAACAUUUUGAAUGAUUCGUAUUCGUCAAGAUAUUAUCACAGGUACGUUUUUGAUAAGUAAUUGUACACAUCCAUUCAUACAUAUAUCAUAUAUGUAUAAGUUGGAAAACGUUUAAAAAUUCAGCGAUUUCGACGUUCGUAAGACUGGCUAGAUUUUAUUCAGUUCCUUAAGAGAGGCGACGAAUAACUGAUGUACAAAAUAUUACAAUUUACGCAUGUACAUAAUAGUAUGAAAUGAUGACGAAUUUACGUACUCACAUAAUACGCGAGAUUAGUUUAUGAUAAAUCGGGUGGAAAAAUAUAUAAGAACUCAUGCAAGAGA